ACCGGAACAAGGCCCGUGCUGUUUCCCAGGGAAGGGGCGCACCCCGCUCAGACCUCACUGGCCGGUUUGCGGCGGGAGCCCUGCCCGGCCGCCCACGCCGUCCCGCCUGCUCCCGCUGUGAAUCUCACAGGCAUCUGGAUCAAAUAACCAGCUGAUAGCGCGUAUAAAAUUAGAGACGGAACUCUCCAGAAGGCACAGGCCACCACGAUUCAUUCCAAUACUAUGCGUUCAGGGGCGGACGAGUGGCACGGAGCCUGGCUCACCUUUCCAGUCUGUUCACGUCUGCAGGACUCGAGGCUGAGCUGGGCCUCCCCGCUGCUCCGUGGCCGCCGAUAUUGCUGAGCUGGGCAGGGUUGCAACACUUUCCUGUAAAACGGACUGAAACAGAAGUUGAUGCCUUCCUCAUAUAAGAAAUACAUAAAUCAGUUAAAAAUAGUCCUCAGAGCGGAUGUGAUGAUGCCGUGGCUGUCACAGGAAACACAUGAAUCAGACUCAUCCUUGGUUACGGGAAGGUGGAGACGGCCCAAGGUCCCCGGCCCCUCCGGGGCGACGUGGGUGAGGGGGUCCCUCUGGCUGUGCCCUGCCAGCAAACGCUGCCCAGGAAGGACAAGAAAAGCCAGGCUGGCUCUGCUUCUGGGUGUGGCCAACACGUGGACCGUCACAGCCACGAAGCGAAGAGUGCUGCCUGGGAGGCCGGUGGGCGGGGAGGAGCCUGGAGCAGAGCGGGGCUGCCAUGAGCCCGUCGGUCGCGGGAAGCUCUCGCUGCGCGCUCAGCCCACUGACCCAGCGGUUCUCCCACCUCAAGGACUGCGCAGACAGCAGGGCACGGAAAGAGCAAACCGGUGCUUUACGGUGGGGAGACCUGGCAGACCCCACGUCCCGGCCGGGUGGUCACGGUCCAGACCACCCGGGAGGCGGCGUGCGGGUGUCGUGGGCCCCGGCAGGACGAGCGGAGGCGGGCACUCCAGCUCUGCGGAGCACUUCCCGUCUAACCAAGAAGACGUCAGGCAAACCGCAGGGCGCCAGGGCGGCAGGAUGCUGACCCCAGGGGAAGCUGCCGAAGGGCCCGUGGGAACUAGCUGUGCCGUCCCUGCAGCUCCUGUGGACGUUGGUUUUUCUCAAGAUAAAGCCACGCGGCAUCUCCACACCCGGAAGGAGAGGCGGGCCUCAGGCAGAGUCCUUGCUGCACCGGCCACACAGGGCCACAGGGCCACCAUCCCUUACUGGGAUUUGUGGGACCAGAUGUGUUUUGGAAUUCAGAACAUUUCUCCAUUUCAGAGACGGUGGGGUGUGGCUAUUGGGCCGGCCCUAGAGAAUCCGGCGUCCCCGCUGCCACCUAAGAGGCCCUGCUUCGAAAACCGAUUUGCAAAGUGCUUUGAGCUUCCAUCUGCCAAGGUCCCCUUGAGGCCACCCACCCUCCCUCGUGGACGAGAGGGCUCAGCCACCUGGGCCGCGUCACUGACCUGCCACGUGUGGACUGCAGCCUGCCCGUCACCAGUGCGCAAAAACAUUUCAUUCACUUAUUUAUUCCACAAAUAGUUUUUAGGAUCUCACUAGAGAAGUGCUGAUUUUAAAAUCUAAGUCCUUAUUUCUUUUUUUUAUUGGUUCAUAAUAGGUGUAUAUAGUUUGGGGACCCAUGUGAUAGUUGAAUGCAUUCAUAGGAUUUGUAAAGAUCAAAUCAGUGUACUUGGGAUAUCUACUACUAU